AUGGCUAAAGUAGCUGUCGCCUAUACUCGUCCACCCUUUGAGGCUGGUGCGAAACCUUCGUUCUCCAUGGCGACGUUGAUGUCAAAUGAACCCAUAGUCUCUAACCCGCGAUCUGCAAACUCCAAUCCCAGUUCCGACCCUCUCUCUUUAUUCAAACCUCAACCAAAAACCGAUAGCCUGAGCUCCAUUGCCAGUGCCGGUUUACACGUCUCGCGAUCCAGUGAUCAACAACCUCUGAUGACAAGUCCGACCUCAGUCCCGGCGGAUCGUCCGGAGCAGGAGAAGGAUGCAGAACGAAAUAGUUCGCAGGUGGCCCGAGAGGCAUUAGGUGCAAGCGAGAAGUCGCCGGGUGCCACAAUCCACGAGUCUUCGGUCCACGCUUCCCCGGAGCAAAUGCAAAUCGACCACGCGAACGGAUCACCAUCAGACCCCUACGGAUCGAACGAUCACCACGGCUCAUUGAUGCACGCCUCGACUGUCGCGAGUCCCGGUCCCAUCGAAGAAUCGACAUCGCAAGAUGGCGAUCGACGGCCUCGGGAUGACUCUGAAAUCGAUCAUGAUGGCAAGGCAUUCUCGUAUCCAAUGCCAACCAUGAACGACCCGCGUCGCGGGCUGAGUCUCCCGAAUGCAGGCUACAAUCGAGGCAGUCCUCGCUCCCCAUCCGCCAAAAAACACCGAUGCCCCUACUGUGCGACCGAAUUUACGCGCCAACAUAAUCUCAAGAGCCACCUGCUCACCCAUAGCCAGGAAAAGCCUUUCGUGUGUCAAACCUGCCAGUCGCGCUUCCGAAGACUGCAUGAUUUGAAGCGUCACACAAAGCUUCACACGGGGGAGCGACCGCACAUUUGUCCCAGAUGUGGCCGUCGCUUUGCCCGCGGUGAUGCGCUGGCCAGGCACAACAAAGGACAAGCAGGCUGCGCGGGUCGACGCUCGAGCAUGGGUAGCUUCGCUGCAGAUGAUGAAUACGGGGAUGGCGGUGCUGGGGGACCGGACGAUAUGGAUGGCCUGAUGUACACUGCAGAGCCUGAGCGCAUGGAUGAAGAGGAUGAGCGACGAUUGAUGCCGAGCAUUCGCAAGCAUGAAUCCGACCCCGUCGCUCGCUCCGAUUCCAUCACCUCGCGCCAGUCCAGCACCUACCCCCCGAUAGCAGCCAGCCGUCCCAGCCACCUCUUCCCACCUCCAGCCAACCACGGCGGAAGUCCAUCAGCAUCAACUUCGCAGCCUGGCAACAUGACAUUCCCGCCCGCAGGAAUUACCUCGGGAACGUCCGUCUUCCCAUCCAAUAAUCUUAGCGAUAGUCCUAAACCAUUGUCUCCGAAUGCUUUGUCGUCGCAACAUGAUAAUGCACCGCCACACCGCGCUAACUCCCCCAGCAUGGGACAGUCUCUGCCACACCCGCAGGCUUCCUUUGGUCGCGCGAAUUCAUUGACUAACCACGCCCCUCCGACCCUAGGCCUGCCACUCCCUCAGCCAGGUGCCCCUCAACUGCCUCUCCCGCCGGGUAUGACCUCACCGGAUGCUCGAUUCGGCAUGCAGGCAGCAACCAAACACACCCCUUCGCACAGCCACUCCAGCACCCACAGCAUCUCCGCCUUCAAAGGACCCGAGGCAUCCGAGGCCACUCCCAACGACUCCAGUCAGAUCGACAAACUUUGGGCACAUGUGCGAACCAUGCACGACGAGAUGACCGGUCUGCGCUCCGAAGUUGCCGCUUUGCGAGCACACAUUGCAUCCACCAAUUCAACCGCGCCCCCAGCUCCUGUCGAAGUGAACCUCAACAACUCUGGGCGAUAA